AUCCACGUUUGCAUGCGGAUCUUUACAUCUGUGUCUCUGUUUUCUUCUCCUCUUCUCUUACCCAUCCCUUCAUGUUCUCAACUCACAAUCCUAAUUUCUCCAGUAGAUUCAACUCCCAACUCUAAUUUCCAGAUCUCCCUCCUUCCCCAUGGAAAUGGCUUCUAACCCUCGAACCGUUGAAGACAUCUUCAAAGAUUACAGUAGUCGAAGAGCUGGCCUCGUUCGUGCUUUGACUUCCGAUGUAGAUGAAUUCUAUAGCCUUUGCGAUCCGGAUAAAGAAAAUUUGUGCCUUUAUGGGCAUUCAAGUGAGAAAUGGGAAGUAAGCCUUCCAGCUGAGGAAGUUCCACCAGAGCUUCCAGAGCCAGCCCUUGGGAUUAAUUUUGCAAGAGAUGGAAUGAACCGCAAAGACUGGUUGUCCUUGGUUGCGGUGCACAGUGAUUCGUGGUUGCUUUCUGUUGCUUUCUAUUUUGGAGCACGUCUUAACCGGAAUGAGAGGAAACGGCUAUUUAGCAUGAUUAAUGAUCUGCCGACAGUCUUUGAAGUUGUAACAGAAAGGAAGCCUGUUAAAGAUAAACCCAGUGUCGAUAGCGGAAGCAAAUCUCGGAGCAGCACAAAGAGAUCAAGUGAUGGACUAGUGAAAAGCAAUCAUAAGGUCUUGGAUGAGAGUUAUGAGGAAGAAGAAGACGAACAUGGGGAAACACUCUGUGGCAGCUGUGCUGGAAAUUACAGUGCAGAUGAGUUUUGGAUUGGCUGUGACAUCUGUGAGAGGUGGUUCCAUGGAAAGUGUGUUAAGAUAACACCUGCAAAAGCUGAGAGCAUUAAGCAAUAUAAAUGCCCAUCAUGCAGCCUGAAGAGGGGCAGGCAGUAGUCACUGCUACACCAGAAAGGAAAAGAAAGGAGAUAAAGAUAUGCUCUUUCAGUGGCACAAAGUAGCAUACCACAUAACUAUCGGUUAAUGUAAUAUUAUCAUUUGGUUAUCGAAAUGCCUGUUUAUAAUAGAUUCUAUCAACCAAACGGAACUUCUCUUUUCGUAAGUGUUAACUUAUGUAUUGGAAUUAUCUAAUUUAUAGAAGUUUUUGGAUGAAACUUUCAUGGUCAUUGUGUAUUUCUCUAAGUUUCUUUUAAAUUCAUCCAAUCAUUUGUUAGCUAUGAUGUAAAACUCUCAAUAUUGAGAAUGUCUAUUUGCGUUCGAUCGUGAAAUUUGAGAAUGAUAUAUAAACUCUAAAGAAUGUC